UGUUGUGGUGCGGGAGCGCAUGCGCGGAGCGGCCGCGGGGUGAGCGCGGAGCCGGAGGGAUGGACGGCGUGCCGGGGCUGAAGGAGGACUGCGAGGAGCUGCUCGGAGCCUUCCAGCAGGCAGACACCGUCCGCUUCGAGCGCUUCGCCGAGCUGUGGAGGGAGCGCCGCUUCCACACCAUCUUCUAUGGUAGAAUGAGAGCUUUGGAGAGGAAUAAGAUCACAAAGAAGACUCUAGAUGUGGCCCAGCAGUACUUCUUUCCCCCCUACUCCUUCCAGAUCCGAGUUGGUGCCCUGUACCUUCUGUAUGGGCUCUAUAAUGCCCAGCUUUGUCAGCCAAAACAAAAGAUCAGAAUUGCACUCAAGCAUUGGCCUGAAAUCCAGAAAUUUCAGCUGGAUCUGCUUGAUGCCCAGCACUAUGAUGCAGUCUAUAUCUUCAGGAGACUGAGACUUGCCAGAGCCUUCCACUUCACAGCAAUGCCAAAGCCACUGACCUACAGAACUAAGAAGAAGAUUGAGAAAAAUGAUUUUAAAGAAGAAUUUAAGGACCCAAGUGACAGAGUAAAUAGCCUCAUCACUAAUGAUGUACUGGAGGAACUGAUGAAUAUUCACGACCACUACCAGAAAAUGAAGUGUGUCAUUUCAGCUGACAAAUCCCAGCCAGACAAGGCCCUGAGCUUGAUAAAAGAUGACUUUGUGGUUAAUCUCAAAGACAUAACGUUGGAACAUCAGGAAUGGCAGCAGAACAGGAUGAAAUUACUCCGAAAUGCUGAAGUAGCUCCUGAAGCAGAAGACAAAAAGAAAGAGGAGGCUUUGCUAAAAUCAGAGGGUUCUGAAAGAGCAAAUGCCCUGGCCAGAAUCAAAUACAAGUCUUAUUCUGCAGUUGUUGAGGUUUCCAGAUCCAGGAGACAUCGGCAAAUGCAGUUGGAAUCCUCUGAAUCAGGGCCCAGUUGUGGGAAAUCUCCAGGUCGAAGUAAAAAAGGCAGCAGGACACCUCAGCCAGCAAGGAGAGGUUCUUCAGAAGUUAGAGGUGAAAAGCAGGUGGCAGAGGAAGCUGUAACUCGGCAUAUCGGGAUGCCAAUAAUCGUAGAAGAGGACUCAGAGGAAGGAGAAGUAUCUCUCCCCAAGAGGAGAAAACGACGUUAGAGGACCCAGUUGGAGAAGCACUAAUGUUAAUUUUAAUGACAAAAUGAAAAUGUCAGAGGUAACACCAAGUGCUUGCUUUGGAUACCUUUGAACAUAACAGAAGUGUCUGGGACCAGAAGCACAGGUGAUGCUGGAAGGGAUGCUGGCAGUGACUGGGAUACUCAGCUGUCUUGUGGUGCCUUUAUCCACCUGGUGAACACUUCCUGUGGGAGACUGAAGUUGCUGUGGCCUGGGUGAGCUGGAAAGUGAAGGCUCAGAGAAUAUUUACCCAUGUAAGAGAUGUCUGUAAUCCCUUAUCUCUGAACAUAAGGUUAUUGACUGUUGGAAAUUAGAGCAAUAAAUUAUUUUUCACGCUUGACUUGCUCCAUUUUAUGGUGUGUGAACUUCACUGCUUAUCAUGGUUUGAUCCCACACAUGUGGAAAUGAACUUGCUGAUAAGCUUUUUGUUGUGCCCUGUCUCCAGCAGAUCUGGAGUUACUGUGUAUUAAAAUGGAAGGAGGUAAAGGGUGUUCAUUAAUUCUGCAGAUAACCCUCAGCUGUACAAGGGCAGGACUGAAAUUCAAAAUGAUCUUUAUAAAUUGGAGGGGAGUGAAAGAAGUGGGUGCAGAAAUAAACAUGGAUCUCAGCACUGAGAACAGGCACAGCAUGGAGAAAUAUUUGCUUGGCAACAGUGCAAGUUCAAGAAGCAGAAGAAGCAAAUGGACUGAGAAUCAUCAGCUGGAAUGUUUUCUGUGAACACUGAAACCAGUACAAUUUGUGUCACUCAACCUUGGAAGGCUGUAGCUUAAAUAUCCCCAUCUGACCACAGCAGUUUAAGAGGAAUGUGCAGUUACUCUCCUUGGAAUUUCUCCAGUUGAUCAAGCUGUUCUUUCAAGAAAGGCAAAGGAGUUAAGUGUCCUUUUCUAAAAAAAAAAAAAAAAUUAUAAAUUUGAAAUAUUUUAAAUACAAAAAUAACCUAAUUUGAAUUAAUUAUUUUGCUAGUAUGACUGUCAAAGGCCAGAGGAAUUGAAGUGCUCUUACCUAGAAGAAAAAACAUUUAAAUGGAGAUACAAAUGGUUUUACUAUCAAAGGUUUCCAUAUUAAAUGUGUUGGUUGGCAAGGAGGAAUGGGCCAAAAUGUGGUUGGACACUGGAGAAGCUGAUGAUGAAAUGCCAGAGUUGCACUUGACCUUGUUAAUGAGAGAAGAGGAAACACUUUGUAGUAAAGCCAAAUAAUAAGACUAUAAUAAUAAACCUUACUGCACUGUAAACUGAACAGUCACACAGUCAGUUGAGUAACCUAAAUCUUGAUAGUCUAAUCAAAAGUCAUUAUUAGCCCAGAUUUAGUUACUAUAGAAAAAGAAUACUACACAGAGUAUAAACCCCUAUAGCAGUAACAACACAGUUAAAGUCAUCAUACCUACAUUUAGUUCCUACUCUUUUCUGGUGUAUCAUUCACUCUUCCUCUUUGGCCUGAGGUUGGGCUAAGGCUGUAGAUGGUUCAGAUGUGAUCUUAAAAGGACUCAUCUAUGGCUAUGAGUGUUUUGGAGGUAUCAUUUCUGUAAAGUUUGCACAGUUUGGUUUUAUUUGGGUUUUCUGACAGUACUUUUCUGUUACCUGCACAAACCCUGCCUCUGUGCAUUUCUUCUACUUUUUGAUGAGCAGGUACAAAAAAACCAAAAGAGACCUCAAAGAGAAACUUAAUCAGACUAUUUUUGCUAAGGAACAUGUUUAAUACUGUUCCCUGAAAUAUUCACUUUUUCACAGCAUGACCAUCUCAUUUACCUCUCCUUAUACCUUUGAGCCCUCCCAAGAGCUGAAUAAGUGUGGAAUUUGUCACAAUUUUUGAUACUCAGUGACAUGAGUCCCCCCUGCACUCAUCUGCAAAUGAUGUACAAAACAUGCAAAGGCUUGGCUAGGCACAGGGAUGGGUGCAUUCAACCAGAAGUUAUUUUCAUAUUGUAAUAAUGAAAACAAAUGUUCUGUAAUUUGUUUAUAAAAUUACAUAGUUGGAAAAUGGAAGUCAUGAUUAAGAAUAAACUUAGAACUGCUGACCAUA